CCAGUCCGGUCACGACAGAAGGAGCUCCGUGCGACGAGAGCAUCAGCGAUGUGCACUGGUCAGUCAUCGGGACCGGGAGGAGGCCGGAGUCGGCGAAUUUGGUGGAGGUUCCGCGAUCGAUCGUACCUUUGCAUGACGCGGAUCGAAGUGCAUUGAAAUCAAAAGUGAGGGAUUGCAAGCGGGUUUCGGAUUCAUGGCUUCCAAUGCUUCCGCUGCGCUGCUGGCCUUCCGGCGAUUCUGCUCGUCGGCAUCCACCGCUGCGUCCGCAGCAAGCUCCAAGACACGGAAGAAGAAGAAUCUGGUCGAAGUGCUGCAGUUUUUACCCAACUGGGGUGUUGGCGCGAAGGUCUGUAAAGGACACUGGGAGCCGGAUACGUUCUACCAGCUGACAAGAAUCCAGCUUGGAAAGGAUGCUCGACAUGGAGCUGCGUGGGGGAUAUUUCAUGCCUCAGGGGCUCCAAAAUCAGGUGUCGAGGAGAAAAUUGGUGGUGUUAACAAGCGAUGCUGGAGAUACCUGAAAGGAGAACAGAAAGGAGGAAUGGAGAAAGUGUGAAAAUAAUGCACUGACGCCGCGGGCAGAGUCUCCUAUCGUUGAUUUUUCCAGUCGAGUUUGUUGGAUUGGAUAUGUGAAGGCCGGAAGUUGGUGUGGGGUCUUGUUCGUACCCAGCUUGGUCCGGAAGAUGCCGGGUGCACCAUUGAAGCGAAUUUGUCACCGUCGGAAUUUCUGUAAAGCCUAUGAAGAGCUCAUCUUCUCACAUGAGAACUUCACGUUGUCAAAUGAUCUAUUGCAGGGGUGGAGCAAGAUUUUGCCAGUGGGGACCCGAGAUUGGACGCGAACUGGAAAUCUGCACUGCGGUUGGUGAAGACAAAUAUCGAAGGAUUCAAUUUCGCAAACUAGUGAGGCAGACGGAAUCAGUUGAGCCUGUAGUAGGUAGAAAAUUGAAAGGCUUCCUGCCUUUUGUAACUCGUGGAUCUUUUGUUACCUAAAGCAGCAUGCAGUUGGGUUUGCAUUGGUCGCGCAGAUCAGCAACUUAUGUCCUUGCUUACUCCCUGCAGACUUUCGUAGGAGUUCUUGCAGGUUUAUAUUUGAAAUUCGAUAGAGAUACAUUAUCUCAUCUCAACUUCAGUUCAACUCACGCCAGCUCUCUUAUCGCAAUCCUGGAUUUGAUCACUAUGCAGCAGCUUGGAUCACGAAACUUAGCAGAAUGUACAUUGAAAGCGUGCUGGUUGGGUAUGCGUCAGGGUUACGCCCCUCCAGAAACACCUGUUCUUCUGUUUUUCGUGCAACUUCUUACUCGACUUAGCCCGAAUGGGAGCCUUUGCAACUUUUGUCAAACUUCUUUCAUAGCUUGCUGCUGAUAAGCAGUUCGAAACUUUCCACUGUUGUCUCUGAUGAGCUAUGAAGUCUUCGAUUGAAAAGGUGGCCCUGGCAUCUCACAUAGCACGUCAUUCGAACUUUCUUCUAGUGAACAGUGAAGUGUUGCCACUGUU